GAUGGUGGAAAGCGGUUGGCAACCAAUCGCCUGAUGCCAACUUCCUGUCGGUGUCGAGAAUCAUCAUGCAAAACUCGUAAACCUAUUGCUUCUUACUUUUGUUUAGGUUAUAAGAGAGAGCAGAAGCAACAGCUUCAAAUCAGCAUUUUCAGAAUCUCUUUGAACUGAAUUCGAUGUGGAACAUGAUAGUGGAAUCUAACAGUGAAGGGGUUAUGCCAGUGAACAGAGUAAUAAUUGUGAAGUAAGACGUAGUUAGUACGUCAUGCUAACUAUGACGUGUUCAUGAAGGCACAUCUACGUCAGCCAGAAGUUCUGCGAAAGGCGACGAGUAGUCAGUCAGUAGAGGGAGGCCAGCAGAGAGGAAAUAAGAGGAGAGAAGGGCGGAGGACGUACGAUUUGUUCUUGGUGUGUCGUUCCAUUGAAUCAUACGAUCUCUCUCCCUGACUGCCGAGGCAAAAGAUUCGAACGCUGUCCCAGGUUCUAAGAUUAAAGAUGGAGGAGUGUUUAAAACUGAUUGUUCAAUACUCGGAGCAAAGGGAGAAGAUAUAUAAGGAAUUUUUGAAAAGACUGGAACAGUGGAUGUUAAUCAGGCCCAGGACUAUUCAAGGCUUACUUGAUCUCAUCAGUUACAUUGACAGCUUUCAUAAAGGUGCCAAUGUUGCCAAUAUUAUUGGUUCUGCAGCAGGCAUUGCAGGGGCAGGUGGAGUCCUUUUGGCACCGUUCACCGGUGGCCUGUCUUUGGCUGUUGGAGGCAUUGUCGCAAGUGCUGUGGGUGCCACUACAAGUCUCGUUGCUUCCUUCAAAGAUAACAGUGUUGCAAGGGAAAACUGCGAGAAAGCACAGGAACUUAUAGAUAAAGAUGCAAAAGCAACUUAUGCACUGACAAGCUCGAUGGGAGAAUACCAUGAGAUAACACAGAAGCUAAGCGACUGUCUAAGAAGUGCCCAUGGUAAGAUAAACUUUGAGUCACUGCCACCAAUUGUGGCUAAUAGUCAGGCUGCUUCAAGUUACUUACUGGGUACUGGGCUGGUUGCUUCUGCUUCUGCAUUUGGCAAAGGAGCCAGUAAAGCAGGAGCCAGACUACUUCCAGUCGUUAGUGUAGUAUGCAUAGCCAUUGAUAUAUGGUCAAUUGUCACCACCACCGUGGAUAUGGUGGAAGGAUCGAAAAGUAAAGCGGGCAAAGAAUUGUUGAAGGUAGUUCAGAAGCUUCGAGAACAGAGAAGUAUGUUACGUAGGUAUGUUAUAGAAGCGAUCAGAAUACAGGCUCAGAAUGCACCGUGCGAAGAAGAUGAAAAAGAAAUAAUAGCGCAAAUGAUUAAACAAUAUGAAACAGAGAAUAAAACAGAUUCAGAUUCUUCAGACAGCGAUGAAUCUGAUGAAGAUGAAAGCAUAGACUUUUGCCUGAUGAAUGCCAGAUCAGUAUUUAACAAAUGGAAAGAAAUUACAGAGUAUGUGGUUUUGAAAGAUACUGAUGUUUUGGCAGUAACAGAAACUUGGAACCGUAGAAAACCAUUGGUAAUGACAGUACCAGGGUAUUCCCCAUUCUUUUAUGCCCCUCGUGAAGAAAAAAGAGGUGGAGGAGUUGGAGCUCUAAUUAAGAGUAACAUCAUGGUAUUCAAAACCAGCCGUAACUUUAAUACCUUUGAAUGCAUAUAUUGCAUCUUAAUUGUGAUUUCAAAAAAAGCAGUUCGUAUAAUACGAAUCUACAUACUUUACAAACCACCUCAUUCAGAUUUUGAAACUUUCUUUGAUGAAUUCUGCCUCCUGAUAGCUGAAUCUGCUUUAAAAAGCAAAGUCAUUAUUAUGGGUGACUUCAAUAUCAACUGGGGAAACUCCGACUCAUCUGAGAUGAAGGUCUUGUUGAAUUAUCUUGGCCUUCACCAACACGUAAAUAAAGAAACACACGAGAGAGGUGGAAUCCUGGACUGGGUAGUAACUCGAGAGCUGGAGGCACAUCUUAUAAAAGAUCUUCAUGUUGACAGACAAAUUCAGAAGUUGAUUAACCUCGACCAUUAUCCAGUUACUUUCACUGUUAAACCGAGACCUUAAAUAUAAAAUUCCCCAUGACCAUGUUGGUACAUUUUGACACCACUGUCCAAAAAAGGUACUAUAUUUUUUAUUUUACAAUACAAAUUUAUUGUGUCAUUUUAAAAUUAAUUUUAACUUAUCUGCUUCAGAUUAGCCUUGUCUACAGUAAAUACACUAUUUCUGCGAUUUUUUCUUGUUGUGGGAUGCGUCCAGUAAUCAGUAUUUUUAAGGAUAGAUUUAAAUAUUGCGAAAAACAGUCUGCAGUAGUCAGGUCAGGAGGGUAACGAAAACCAUCCAAUGGCCCUGGCAAUAAUAACAAGUAAAAGUGACUAAUAAGCUGGCGUGCGUGUAACCACGGUGCAGAUUCAAGAUGGGUUUCAUUUGUAUACACUCAAGUCCUCCUAUCCUGUACUGCUUUUCUCAGAAGCAUCAAGACUUCUUUGUAAGUAUUUAUUGACUAUUUGACCUUGAGGCACAUGUUAGGCGUGUAGGCAUGCACGCCUUGGUUGUUUUGUGAAAAGAGAUGAUUAAAUAAAAUCCAUCUCCAUUUUUUUUUGUAAUUUAUUCCGAGAUUUUCUUACAAAAAGAUGUCCUAUGAAUGUAAGGUGUAGAUGUGAAUAGUGUCGACGAGAGAAUGGGAAAGAAAUGUACUCUUUUUGUUUUCCACUUGAAUUACAAUGUUUCUCCCCUGUUGAAAGUUGAUAUUAUAUACGAUGUUAUAGCAGUUAAUAAGAGUGUUUUUUUUUAUAUUUCCACCUUAAUGUAACAGCAAAGAACCGAAAAUUGUUAUGACAAUGUUCACGUAAAUUGUACAAGGUUUGCAGGUAUGUGGGUCCAAUCGUGCUAUCCGACAGAGGAUAAGAAAAUAUGCAACAAGUUGCUAAGAAAAUACCAAACCUUAAGUUAAAUGCCACUCUUGUUAUGAAUGUAAAGCCAGUAAAGCUUAUAGCUUAGACCUAGGCUAUAGGUUGUAUGCUGUUAGGCGCACGAAUGUUGCCCUCGAUAAACUCUUGUAUUACAGGGAAUGAUUUCUAGACAGGAACCAUUUAUAGAAACGAGUUAUAGAAGAAUCUAAUCAGGAUUAAGAUGCUUUCCUUAACAAUGUAUACAGCAAAAUAAAAGUUAGUGUAAAUGCAAAGAAGAAUAAAACUACAGAAGUCAAU